GAAACACCAAAAGAAAACAGGCCAGCCAUCUUAUCAGAAGAACAUGAGGAGACAGAUGAGGAUGAACAGCUUGCUGUGGAGCUCUCAGAAAUAAAUAAGAAGAGGCCUCUGAUCCUUAUAGAGCAGUCCUACUGUUAGCUGGAUAAAGAUCGAGACAGCGUUGCCAUGACUGUCUCAGAAUUUCUGGCGUCACUCAGCACCAAUCCUUACUUCAGUGCUGGAGCAGGAUUGUUUGGUGUUGGAAUGGCAGCAGCAGUAGCAAAGACGAGCAAGUCAGCUUGGAGCAGUACUUUUUCGACGACAUUGCAUGAUUACUUUGGAAGUGACCAGUCAAGACAAGAGUUACCACUGGCUGCUUCAAUGGAUCUCACGCUAUGGCACUCGCACACAGCAUCUCAGUGUGCAGACAGCUUUCAGUCAAACUGACACUGGAAAGGUGAAUGCACAGUUUGAUUUUGUACCAAGCCCAGGUGCACACUUUUUUCGGUAUCGUGGUUACUGGAUCAGGGUGGAACGCAACCGAGAAAAACAGAUGGUAAAUUUUCAAGCAGGCCUUCCUUUUGAAACUGUUACAAUGACAACUUUAGGUACAAACCGUAACAUUUUCUUUGAAAUAUUGGAGGAGUCCAGAAAAUUAGCUUUGCAAAGUCAAGAAGGAAAAACAGUAAUGUACACGGCCAUGGGAGCAGAGUGGCGCCCAUUUGGAUACCCUCGACGAAAGCGACCACUGAGUUCAGUAAUCCUUGACAGAGGGCUGUCAGAAAAAAUUUUAGAUGAUGUUCGUGAGUUCAUCAAGCCCAAGUGGUACAUGGAUCGAGGCAUUCCUUAUCGCAGGGGUUACUUAUUGUAUGGACCGCCAGGCUGCGGGAAAAGUAGCUACAUCAUGGCGCUUGCAGGAACUUUAGACUACAACAUAUGUGUGAUGAAUCUAAGCGAAAAAGGACUGUCCGAUGACCGCCUCAACCAUCUGUUAACUGUAGCUCCAGAACAAAGCAUCAUCCUGCUGGAAGAUAUUGAUGCUGCUUUCAUCAGCCGUGACUUAAGCAAAGAAAAUCCCGCUAUGUAUCAAGGCAUGGGACGUCUAACCUUCAGUGGACUGCUGAAUGCUCUGGAUGGUGUGGCAUCAGCUGAAGCCCGCAUUAUAUUCAUGACAACAAACUAUUUAGAAAGACUGGACCCAGCUUUGAUCAGACCAGGAAGAGUAGACAUGAAAGAACUCGUCAAUUAUGCAUCUGCAUUCCAGAUGGCACAAAUGUUCCUGCGGUUCUACCCUGACCAACCAGAAUCUCGAGCAGAAGAGUUUGCUAGGAUUGUUGUUGCAUCAGGAAAUCAUUCCAUUAGUGCUGCCCAGAUCCAGGGAUUUUUUAUGAUGCAUAAAAAUGAUCCAGAUACUGUCUUAAAGAAAGCUCAUCGGUUCUCAGCAGUGUGACAAGGGUUUGUGGGGAAUGAGCUCCAUAUUUUAUAGGUCAAAUCAGUACGUUAUAGAAAACGGUGCCUAGUAUAGCUGCCUGAUUCCUAUGUGACAGCCCCAGUUAUCAAAUCCAUGCUGCAAUAGAAACCUCAGUUUCGGAACGUAUUUGAGUGAACAAAAGAGACCAGACUGGAGUAUAAUGUUGAUUGUACAUGCUUGGUGGGCCUUCACCAACAGAUCUGAGGAUCAAACUGUGAAUCAAAAACCCCUCUCUCCCCAAGAUCAGGACAUUGUGUUACACAGCUUUUAAAAAGUAGAAGCCAGAAUGUAUGCAUCGUUGACAAGACUAUAAGGAGACUGCACUUCAAUAAAGUUUUUUUUUUGAGAAAUAAUUUUGUAACUUUCUGCUGACUACUGUAGCCCUCAUUGUGAAAACAAAGCACGAGGAUACAUGGAUGAUGCAUUUUAUGCAGAUACAAAUGUAAUAUAGUUUCUGAUGUGAGUGUAUCGGAGAGUGGUGUCCCUUAUAUAAUGGGACUGCAGGUCCCAGUUCUGAUGGGGUGCCUGGUAGGGUAGUGGUUAAAACACUCAUUUGUCACCACCACAGUGAGCUGCUCAGGGUUCAGAUCUCAUCUUGGGACACUCUCUGUAUGUGACACCUGUACGAAGGACUAGGGGUUGGGGGUUUUCUCCGAAUCCUCCCACUAAUUUACCUACUAAUUUCAAGUUUUCUUCAGCAAGUCUUUAACAAGCGCCAUGACAGUUGUCUUCACUGCAACAGAUUUACAUCAAGCCAGUCAAGUUUUAAUAUUUUAGUGUGUUGUCUCUCAGCUUGGUGAUCAUGUGGAUAUCAACAGUCUCCUGAUGAUUUUUAAUCAGAUUGAUUCCACUUUUGACAAAUGACUGCAUGAUCUGUGACCCAUCAACAUUGUGGUAUAAGAACAGGAUGUCAUCUUCAGAACAAUAACACUGGUAUUCUAAUAACUUACUAGGAUGUCAUUCUUUGUAAAACACCACGAGCUUGUGCAUAUGUCCGGGAUAUGGCGAUAUACAAGAUAACAUUAACUCUGAUGCAUUUCUGGUUCAUUUGCAAAUGACAGCAGCUCACCAGGAUUAUGCCACGUGUUUCUAUAUUUUCAUCAAUGUAAAAUACUAUAUGCAAGAUUAAAACAAACUUAGUUGAUUUAAAUAAGUAUGAUGAAUCAUUAAAAAAAAAUGUAGAUAAUAGAAAGUGUAAAAUAAUAAUCAUGAAUAAUAAAAAUAUGAAUAAAUAUUGACUGCCAUCACAAAAUUAUAACUAAGUAAAAAAAAAAACAAA